UUAUAUAUAUAUAUAUAUUUUUAUUUUCCCGCAACUCUCAAAUCUCUCCAGCUUUCAAUAAAUCAAAAUAAGAAAUCUACAUUCACUUCUCUUUGAUCUCUCAUAGAUUUUGUUAAACAACCCAAAUUCAAGUUCGCUUCUUCAGAUUAGGUGCAUCCAACAUCUUCCAUAUUUUGUUCCAGUUAUCUCUGAUAUAUUGUCGGUGCUACAUUUAGCUGGAUGGCAACACAAACUGAAUCUCCAUUAACCACUCCUAGUUCACAAGUGGUUGGCAAUGCCUUCGUCGAUCAGUACUAUCAUAUACUUCAUCACUCCCCAGAUAUGGUUCACAAAUUUUAUCAAGACUCAAGUUUUAUAAGUAGACCAGAUGAAGAUGGUGCAAUGAUAACCGUGACUACCAUGAAGGGUAUCAAUGACAAAAUAUGUUCAAUGGAUUAUACAGCCUACAAGGCUGAGAUAAAAACUGCUGAUGCUCAGGAGUCCUACAAAGAUGGGGUGAUUGUUUUGGUAACUGGGUACUUAACAAGGAAGGAGGAUAACUUAAGAAGGAAAUUCAUACAAAGCUUUUUCCUAGCCCCACAAGACAAAGGUUACUUUGUGCUAAAUGAUGUUUUCAGGUAUGUAGAGGAUAGCAGGCCAAUGGAGGACAGUCAUGUGAUAGUUGAAGGUACAGACGAGAACCAAACAAAGUCCUCGAUCCCAGAUGCUCCUCACGCUAUCGAUUCCCCAUUGCCAAACCUUGCUAGUGUUCAUAAAGUAGUUAACAGUGUUGAGGAAGGAGCUCGAGAUAUUUCGGAAAUUGGGGGACCGUUGGUUAAGGAAAGUAAUUUAGCUGAAUCUGAACCUCAUCCGAUUGAGAACAACAUAUUGGUUUUAACAGAAUCUAUUUCUUCAACUGCCAUGGAAGAUACUCCUAAAAAGUCUUAUGCAUCGAUUCUCAAUUCACAUACAAAGAAGGGAGGUCCAGGGUCAACUAAAGCUAAUGUUCCUGCCAAUACUUUAAAGUCAACGCCUACAAAACCUGAAAACAAAUCAGUUGCUACCGUGGCACAAGGUCCACCACCAGAAGUGUCUGCACCUAUGGCUUCGAGUAGCAUUAGUUCUCCUGAUAGCAGUAAUCUUCAAGAUGAAGGUGAUGGUCAUUCUGUUCAUAUUCGGAAUUUGCCUCUAAACGCGACAGUACCUCAGAUUGAGAUGGAGUUUAAGAAAUUUGGACCUAUUAAGCAAGGAGGAAUACAAGUCAGAAGUAAUAAGCAGCUGGGAAUCUGUUUUGGCUUCGUUGAAUUUCGGGAUGUCACUUCCAUGCAGAAUGCAAUUCAGAGUUCUCCUGUCGUUAUUGGUGGUAAAGAAGCUAUUGUGGAGUUAAAGAGAACUACAACUCGAGUUGGAAGUGGGCGUGGCCGUUUCCCUACAGGACGAGGUGGUUUCAGAAAUGACAGUUUCAGGGGCAGGGGUGGUGGCUUUAAUGGUGGGCGAGGCUAUGGUAGAAGUGAGUUUGGUGGUGGCCGUGGUGAGUUUUCAGGUCGGGGAAGAGGCUCAGGUGGACGUGGUGAAGGUUAUCAUCAGCAAGGCAGAGGACGUGGUGGCAGAAGAGGUGGCUCCGUUCAGUAUAUAACCUCAACUGCCGCCUGAUUGAAUCUUCCUUUUUUGACAGUCUGUUUUACUGGCAUAUACCGACAUCGCGGUAGAAGGUUAGUAAAGAUUUAGUGAUACUAAUUUCAUGACCAAAGCCAAAUUAUUUUUACUGUUAGUAUCUGCCUCAGUUAUUCUUUCUAACAUAAUUUGUAUUAGAUGGCUUUUGUUUCGAAAGGGUUGAAUGUAAUUUUGCAAAUCUUACGUUCCCGAUUAAAUUCAUAUUCUACCCUUUGUUAUGAUAAGUUUGUUAUGUGGAAAUAUCAACUAUAUGAAAUUACAAUUGUUUCUUCAAAUCA